AUGGCGCUCAUAUCCGCAAAGACCAUCAUCACCUCGCUGUCCCUCUUCCACAUCACCCUGGGCUUCUUCUUCCUCACAAACCCCAUGACCGUCGCCGACCAGGUCCUCGUCUAUGUCCUGGGCGAGGCAAUGGGCAUGCCAUACGACAGGUCCUUCGAGGCUCACUCGCCGCCCCUCGCCUUCCUCGCCGCCAUCCUGGCCACCAUGGGCCUGACAGAUCUUGUAUCCUUGAGCCUCCCCGAGGAAGUAGUACUGUCACAUCACUGGGGGACGCAGGCCCCGGUCCGUCUCCUAAUCUCCCUCCUCCUCCUCGCCUACUCGUUCCUAUUCUCGCCCUCGAGCCCCAUCUACCGCGAAUCGUCUUCAGUCCGCGGCCGCAUGGCACACCCUAGCGCCAGCCUGCACAACCCGGGCUACGUCGCUAGCACCUGGGGCGGCGACGGGCUCAAGAACAGGGUCUUCUUCGCCUUUGCAUUUGUCGAGGUCGUCAGCUGGUUCUGGAUCUGGGUCACCCUGCGCGAGGAAAAGCAGGCCCAGGCCAUCAAGAGGGCUGGUGCUUCUAAGAGGAGGGCGAGCAGUGCGAGGAUGUAG